AUGUCUAAGACUCUUCUUGUAUUCGACCUUUAUGGCACACUGCUCUCUACCGAAUCAAUUGCCAAGCAAUUGAGUGAGCACUUUGGCCAGGAGAAAGCUGAUUCUGUAGCCGCGACAUGGCGGAAAUACCAGCUGGAAUACACUUGGCGAUACAACAGCAUGAAGCAAUUUGCUUCCUUCUCUGAUAUCACCAGGAACGCGCUUCUCCAUGCGCUUGCAGAGAAUGGUGUUCAGCUUGAUAGAGACGAUGUCGAAAAGUUGAUGAAAGCAUACGAUUCUUUGUCGACCUUCCCUGAUGUGGGACCAGCAUUGAAGAAGCUUGCUUCAAUUACAAGCAUCGAGUGCGUCGUAUUCUCAAAUGGCACCAAUUCAAUGGUCUGCAACUCGGUGCAAAAAUCACAGGAUCUUUCACCUCACGCGUCAGUUUUCAAACAGAUCAUCACUGUCGAUGACGUAAAAAUGUUUAAGCCUGCUCCAGAAGUAUACCAACACCUCGCCAGAUGUGUUGAUAAAGUCGGCAAUGAGGGUGAUAUGUGGCUGAUCAGUGGGAACCCAUUUGACGUGGUUGGUGCUAGAGCUGUUGGCAUGCAGGCAGCCUGGGUUGAUAGAGUUGGUACUGGAUGGCAGGACAAGCAGGGAGGCCAAAAGCCUACAGUGGUCGUGCAGAGCCUUGAGGAUCUCGAGGAAGCAGUCCAAGCGCAUUCAGGAUGA